UUCGUGACAUUGGAUUACGAUGUGAAGGUUAACAAGACCGUCUCAUUAUUUAGGCAAUUACCGGGCAGCCAGUUUGGAUUCUGAUUGUUGUUAACGGAUAAUACCUCGACUAUGGAAACCUAUUUAAAAUUCUAACGUAACGGCAUUUCAGUUUUCACCUUUCGUUAAGAAAUUUUCACAUCAUUAAAAGGCUUAUCAAGUAGGUAAUUAAGCUACCAACAACCAGCCUCGACGAAUAUCUUCGAAACAAUUUUACGCAACUUCCAAACAGAAUAUUGGCCUGCUUGUGGUUGUAGGAAACGUGGGCUGCACUUUACUGAAAAUUGUGGUGUGUACAAUAGAAACAGUUUCCUGAAUUUAUCAUCGAUUACUAGGACAGAAAAAUUGGACGCCAAAGAUAAACCGAUUAUCCGAGAUGCCUAAACUCAAGCAACCAGCCGCGCUCGAGCAAAUUACCUUCGACUUUUUGGUCGAGUACUUCGUGGAUCUGUGCAAUCGACUAAGCUGCAAAGGGGACGUGCCUCGACUUCGUCAAACCGUUGCGCUGAUCAAAGAGUUCCUCUUCCCUUGGCUGCCACCGAGUCGACGCCUGCUAGCAGAGUUUUGUGCGAAAUUCGUGGAAAAGUUUCACGAACGUGAGAAAAAGUAUCGCGGACCCCGGCCAGAAAGCCACGUUGCAGCGGCUCUGGAAAUGAUCAUGGACGUAGAUCUUACCGGACUCCGGUGUGGCUAUCACACCAUGCGUUUUUUGGACAUACACGAUGCCAGUAGAAUCCGAGGCUUGGAGAAAUUGGACAUAACGAUGCACGGGAAUAAGGGCAUGGGCAGUUUUCGCUUGCAGAACCUCACCGAAUUGUAUUGCCAUUAUCAUUUCAACGACAGUUAUCUCGCGAUUGUGGGAUCGCAAUGCUUGAAGUUACGCGUAUUGGACAUCAGAGACUCCUCGCGUGUCACUGACGAAGGAUUGCGCGCCUUACGUCCGUGCUCCGAAUUACGCGUCUUUUAUUUUUACGGUCACAAGGUUUCUGCUGCUGGCAUAAACGAACUUUUGUCGUCGCACCAGAAGAUCAAGGAGUUUAAUGUUAAUUAUGAUAUAUUGUCACGCCCGACGUCGCAAGUCUGUCCCGCGAUGCAAAAAUUUUGCUUUCAAACAACCUUCGUCGACGAAACGCAUUUUCGUGCAGCCGCCGCGCUCUUUCCAAAUUUGACUGAUAUUCAAAUCGACUGUAAAGUCAAUGGUGAUCUGCGCGAAUUGAGGGCCGUCAAGAAUCUUACGGGACUUAACUUCUAUUGCUGGAAUGCCGUUUCCAUGGAGAAUCUUAGGCAACUCCUGGCGUUCGUUGGUGAAAAUAUUUUACACUUGAAGGUGAUAACUGAAUCAUCUCGAACCUUCCUGUCGAAAACCGACUUGGAAUACAUAUAUAAUAUCUGCAAGAAUAUUCAAAGCUUGGAAUUCGAAUAUAAACCACUUACCAAAAUUGACACGUUAACGAUACCGCCGUUUUCGAAAUUGAAAACUUUGAAGAUGAAAAAAGCUUGGAAGAUUCACGACAGGUAUGUGACGCUACAAUUACAGCAAAUGGUGGAGCUCGAGGUUCUGGAGGUUUAUGGCUUUGGUUUAAUGAAUCAAACCGUUGAAUCGAUCAUGUGUAAUCACGUGAAUUUUCCCAAGUUGAGAAUAGUUCGAACCUCAAGCAUUCAUAACGAUAAUCUCAUUCGUUUAAAUCGAAUAGCGAAAGAGAAAAACCUCGAUUUUACAGUUCAAGCCGAAAUUGGUGCCUUUUAUAGUCAAUUCUGAAUGUAACAACGAAUUGAUUCAGGGAUGUAUGUGUAAAU